GGAAAAAUGAAGAACAAUGGUGAUUUUAAAGGUAAAAAGAAAGGAGAUAAGGAUUCAAGUAGCAAAAUGUCCCUGUUACGGUACAUGUCAUACUAUGACGAUUUACCCGAAGGACUUGACAUGGAUAAUUGCAAUAUAAACAGUCAGGAUGAACUUGGUGAUAGCCCUUUGCAUAUCUCUGUACGACAUGAUCAUUUGAAGUGUGCAGAUUUAUUUUUGAAAGCAGGUGCUGAUGUAAAUGUAAGAAGAUUAGAUGGUUAUUCUGUUCUUCAUACAGCAGCUGCGCGUGGAUAUACCGAUUUAAUUCGUUCUUUGAUAGAGAAAGGUGCAAUAGUGAACGCAAAGACUGAAGAUGGAGAAACCCCUUUGCAUAGUGCUGUGCGUGAAUCGAAACCUGAGAGUGCUGAGGUAUUACUUCGUAAUGGUGCCUCUGUAAACGCUGUAUUUGGAGAGAUGGAUAUGACGGCCCUCCAUGUAGCUGUAUCAAAAUCUCCAAAUUGCAUUGAAGUACUAAUUAGUAAUAAUGCCAAUAUAUUUGCUAUGAAUAGGCAUGGAGUAUGUCCUUUAGAAUUGGCAAUGGAAGUAGGAUUUCAUCGUUUUCUUGGCGUGAGUGAAGGCAAACCAAAUGCAGAAAGUGUAGAUGGGAUUACUGCUUUACAUCUUGCUUCUCGUUGUCUAAAUGGUGAAUGUCUGGAGAUGUUGGUAGCAGGAGGAUGUGAUGUGAAUGUUACAACUGACAAAGGCGAUACACCAUUACAUUAUGCAAGUGAAAUGGAAAAAUUUUUGGAAUGUGAAAAAAAUAAGGACCAAGUGAAGUUUUCUGUCAUCAGAAAUAUAGAAUUAUUAUUAAAAGCAGGCGCUAAUAUUAAUAAGAAGAAUAAUGGAGGACUAACUCCACUUCAUUUUAGUUCGAGGCAUAAUCAGUCAUUUGCCACAGAACACCUUCUAAAUCGUGGUGCUAAUGCAAAUGUGCGAGGUGGAAAAAGGAAGCGAACUGCUUUACACUUAGCAUCUGAUAUUGGAAAUUUACCAUGUAUUAAGUUUUUAUUAGAGUAUGGUGCAGAUAAAUUAGUUGUCGAUGGUGACAACAAUACUGCAUUAAUGUUAGCAGCAAGGAAAUCACACUUUGCAUGUGUUAGAGUACUUCUUCAAAAUGAUGUACCUCUAUGGACAUGGUAGUGAACAGAAUGACGAUACUCUGUUCAUAAUAGAAUUUUAAUAAAAUAUGAAAUUGGUUAUGGUUAAAAAAAGGGAACGGGGUUGGUUACUAGUCAUAUAUUAUUAAUUUUAUUCAUAAAUUAUUAAAACUUCUAUAUAUAUCUGCAAUAUAUAUUAUGUAUUUUAUAAAUUACAUUAAUUAUUGGUUUUAUCGUUUAGAAUUGAGGAGGGGGGUACUUAGCCAACAGAAUAGUUAAGUAGAUUAACAAUUCCCCUUUAUGCAUUUUGUUAAAGAUAUGGCAAUUUGUGUUGUAACAUUUCUUUAUAGAAUGAGAGAAAUUUGAUUUUUAUCAGGUUUGUGGCACGUGUCUAUCAAUUUUGUCCUUUUUAAAUAUAUUUAUGAGUGAAGUGGAAAAUUCACUAGAGCUGUAUCUGUUGCAGCCCACAUUAUGAAAUUUGUCUGAAUCUUACUCCUGGUCUAUCACUACUAAACUUCAGUCCGUGGUAAUAAAAGUAACUUGUAUAUGUAACCAGGUUGAUGGAAUUGCAUUCCUUAGUUUCACUUCUAUAAUAGACGAUUCAUUGACAGAAAUAAUUGUAAUCUAGAGACUUAAACCUCAAAAUAUAUACAUUAGGUUCCUUAUUUAAAGGGAAAAUUAUAAUUGUUCUUAGUGUGUUGCAAUCGGUUAACAGCUAUUUUUUAGUUCUUUUUGUUCUCCGAAUAUUGCACAAAAGGAAAUGUGGUUGCAAAUUUGUCGGUGACUAAUAUGUGUUAUUUUAUACAGUUAAUAUCUUCUAAGGAUUGACUUUGAUAUCUCAGCACUUUCUUUUACAUAUUUCCUCUUUGCUGAAUCAAAUUCUAUGCUUGCCAAUGUUUUGUUGGAGAGUAUAAGACCUAACACAUCUUCGUGGCUUUUUCAUAAUUUUACUGUUAUUAAAUAUUAGAUUCUCAUGACAGUAAUACAAAAGUAUGUGCUUUUGAUACUUGCAUUUCAUAGAACCUCUGCAAAGAAACCUGUGCAUAUAUGUGAACUUGUGAAAACAAUGUUAAGCUAGAAAAAAAUCAUCAUCAUGAAAUGUAGGCUGAACGCAUGAGCUCUGUUCCUGGUUUGUGGGUUGCAUAGAUCUUCUGCAAAAUUUAAGGGAAAGGGAAUUUUAUUUGUUUACGAAGAAACGUACGAGUUUGAAUGUCUAUUUCUUUCCACAAAAAAGACACAUCUUAUUAUCACAUUUAGAAAACACUGUUUAAUAACAGUGAGCUUUUAAAAAAAGAUUAUGAUCAUUUUUAUGUAAUGAUUAGCAAUCCAUUUUUUCUUUCCAUUACUUGACUACUUUCGCUGCAGCAAGCUGAAUGCAAGAGCACAGAUAAAGAUAAUCUAACGAAGCUACUUUUCUAUAUUUAUUUAUAUACUUCCAAGUUGGAACAGGUAGGAGUCAUAUAGAUUAGUAGAGCAAUUAGGGUUGAGCAGUAUUUAAAUUCUUGCAUUUGUAAUAAAGUAAUUUAAGUACAUUUUGUAUUUGAAAAACUAUAUUUUUUUAGUUUUUUUGGCAUUUAUUUAUGUAUUUAAAUAAACAAAGUAUGUGUAUUAAAAAAAAGAAACACUUUAAAUACAGACAGAAGAAGAUAGUUUGGAAUGAGAAUAGUUUCUUUUUGUUUCAUUCCACUAAUGAACACACCUCAUUUAAACAAAAAUAACAGCUCUUUUCAACUGUUGAUUUUGGAGUCUCUUCUUUUUUAAAAGAUAAAUCUAAAUCAAUAAAAGAGCUGGACAAUUAUCUGACAAAAAAAAUGUGUUUAUUCGUUAUAACACUAGUUUAUGUUCAUCUAUGCCAGUUGAAUUACCGUUUUCCUUGGCAGACCCUUGGCAUUCACCAACUAGGGGUGGUUUGUCUGAUGAUUUGUUUGAAAAGGUAGUAGUUUCAA